GAGGCGGCUGUCGUGCCAGAAGAGGCGCCCGUUGCUCAACAAGAGGAACAUGACGAGGCGACCGACACGGUCGAUGUCCCGCCUGAGGAGACAGCUGCAGUCGAGGAUCCACCGGAAGCUAACUCGACUGAGGGGUUCGAGGCAGAUAUGGCAGCGGAGGAAUCUGCAAAAGCUGCGGACGUGGCAUCGGAAGAGGUUCUCGAUGCUGCGCAAGCAGAACAAUCCGAGGUAUCUGCAAAAGUUGCGGACGUGGCAUCGGAAGAGGUUCUCGAUGCUGCGCAAGCAGAACAAUCCGAG